AUGGAAGCCCCAUCACCAGCAACAAAGGAACAGAGGAAGAAAGAGAGCCUGCUGGAAGAACAAAAUGCUGCAGCUAUCCAAAGCAUAAUAACAGCAAACAUUGAGAAAACUGUCGAUGACAGAUCCAAGACUGAUCUUGAGAAGGAAACUAAUAUUAACGCGGACACACAACAACUUACUGGCACCCAUUCUACAGAGAUCAGAGACACUAAAAGUGCCGAAUCCCAGCCAGUUGUCAAUUCUCACUCAGCGAAUGGAGAAGCAGAAAGUAGUGCCAGAGAUGCAAGUGUAAAUCCUGGGCAGGAUUAUGUGACAGAAAUAUCUGUGCCAGAUAACAGUAUUGCCUCAGAGACUGCUGCAAACAGUAAUUCACAACAACAUGUGAAUUACUCAGGAAGUAAAGAUACUAUUUCUGGAGGUAUCCCCAGUGAAUGUCAAGGACCCCCUGGUGGAGUUGUGAGGACAGUCACAAGCCACUGCAAUGAGGGCAGUGCUGCAGUCGACAGCAGUGCCAUGUUUGGCUCGGCAGCAUCAGUCACUGUACCAGUUUCAAUACAGCCAUCGUGCAUUUGGGAGGGUUUGCCAGUCAUAUUGACUGCAACUCCAGACAGUCAAGGGCAAAAGGGUGGGGUGCCCAUUGUGCAGCCAGUCCACGUGCCGGUGACAGUGGAGAGAGGCAGGAUGGUGUUGGCUGUGGAGAGGCCAGCUACUGCAACUGUUUCUCCUGCACCACUGGCUGUGAGUCUAGCCGAUCAGCAUCCUACUGUUGCCACAUCCUCUAUAAUUCUUUAUAGUGGUGAUCGCAGCUUUCAGCCAUUUGCCAGCACUAGUCAAUAUCAGUCUCCAAAUUUUACAACAAUUGAUGCAAGUCAGCCACUUUCAAUUGCACCUAAGGGUUCUAAAAUAGCGGUAAGAGAAACUCAUGGUAAGUGA